AUGCCGAGGGGCCCGGCUCGGCGGGGCGCGCCCGCGGGGCCAUGAGGGCGGGCUCCGGCCAUGGCCCAUGGCAGCGCGGCGGUCAUGCUGAAGUGCGUGGUGGUGGGGGACGGCGCCGUGGGCAAGACGUGCCUGCUGAUGAGCUACGCCAACGACGCCUUCCCCGAGGAGUACGUGCCCACCGUCUUCGACCACUACGCAGUCAGCGUUACCGUCGGGGGCAAGCAGUACCUGCUGGGGCUGUACGACACCGCCGGCCAGGAAGACUAUGAUCGUCUGAGACCUUUAUCUUACCCUAUGACCGAUGUCUUCCUUAUCUGCUUCUCAGUGGUAAACCCUGCUUCAUUUCAAAAUGUGAAGGAAGAGUGGGUACCGGAGUUGAAGGAAUAUGCACCUAAUGUUCCCUUUUUACUAGUAGGAACACAGAUUGAUCUCCGUGAUGACCCAAAAACUCUGGCAAGACUGAAUGAUAUGAAAGAGAAGCCCGUAUCUGUGGAGCAAGGACAGAAGUUAGCAAAAGAGAUAGGAGCCUACUGUUACGUGGAGUGUUCAGCUUUAACACAGAAAGGACUGAAGACUGUUUUUGAUGAAGCUAUUAUAGCCAUUCUAACUCCAAAGAAACACACAGUGAAGAAGAGAAUAGGCUCAAGAUGCAUAAACUGCUGUUUGAUCACGUGAGAGACAUUUACAAUGGCCAGGCUUACUGUGAAAUUCUACUGAUUUUAAAUACAAUGCAUUAAGUACAUAAUGAAUUUGUUCCAGGUUUGAAAGUUAAACCUACAUUUCUGCCUUCUAAAACCAGUGAAAUCCAGAGGAAUAAAAUCAAACUCAACGAACUUGUAAUAAGAAGCCACCACAUCUGUUACAAAUAUUUUAUUCAGACUGGAAGGUACAAUCUCUCAGGGUUACACAGUCUAGAGGAAGCAAAAACUGCACCAUGCUGAAAUGGCAUCUAUGUGAUUUUACUGAGUGGAGAUGCUUGGCCUGAAAUACUCUAACUGAAUUUGGACAGUUUUCUGCUUUGACUAUAUAUAUAUAUAUAUAUCUUAAAAAACCCAACUUUUGCACAGUCUGUAUGGAAUCUGCACAAAGAAAUACCUUGUCUCUUUUUGCUCCAGUUAUCUGCUUUUGUAUGUAAGCUGCUUCCGGUUCCAGUGUAUCCACAGAGGUGCAAUAAUCAGACCAGCCAUAUAGCCAAAGGUAGCUCCGAGGGAACAGGAAAUGGGCCAUACCUGUGGGGAGAAUGCAAGGUAAAAGCAGACAAUGAGGAAAAUGUCUGUGAUUUUUUGUACUUCAUGAGCACAAAGUCUAGGUACUGAAAGACAGUAGUCUUAUUCUACUUUAAAGCUUGAUGUGCUUUCCUAAAAAUGCCAAAAGCGUAACAAUCAUCUUCACGAACACUAAAUGCUGUUGUACAGUUUUUAGUUAAUAUGCAGUUAGUUAAAAUGUAAGCAGGCUUCUGGCUAUUGCAGACUUUAGUUUGAUAGUCCAAAAACUAUGUGGAAAAAAACACCCCUUAGAACUAUCUAUAUCCCCUGAAGCAUUUAGCUGACCUAACUUCCUACUCUGCUGUACAGUUGGAUACCUGGAUUUCUCAGCAAUUUCUCCCUUCAAUCUUUCAUGGUGUUUUGAAACUUUCAGGUGUGUAUAGAGGAAUUAGUAUUCAAAUAAGGCCAGAGACUGAGAUAGACAGAGGUUUGCUGGCUUUUUUUCUUGAAAAGUAUAUGAAAGGAUAAAUUUUCCUCUGAUUAGCAGCAGGGAGGGAACACAAAUUUGGAAGCUGACUGAACAUCUUGCACCCAGAUCAUCAAACUCGUAGUAAGCCAGUUAUGUCAAAGAGAGCUUUAAUUAUAUGCUCUAUUUUCUAUUAUAAGAAAAGGAAGCCAACUCAAUAGAUCUGACUCUCUUUAACAAACCAUCUUGUACUGAGCCAGAGUAGUAAUGGAAUUCUUCCCUGCUUUUUUUUUUUUUAAAUUGGUAUUGAUUUCCAGGGAGUGGCCGAACUUAACCAGUCUGUCAUCAGAUAUAGCUUAUAAUACCAGUCCACUACAUACUGCAUUUGAUGAAAGUCUCAACUAAGGUGGUAAUUAAUUUAUUUUUUUAGAAUAAAUACAAUUCCCAGGCCUCUAAAAUUUUCCUUUGGUUUUUUUUUUUUUUUUUUUGCAAGGACAAGUUUGCAGUUCCUGCUGAACAGUGCAUAUUCCUAAAGCAAGUAUGGACUGGACUCUACUUUUCUUUUGUUUUUUAAAUUAAAGGGGAUAUUACCCCUCCCUCCCAUAGUAGUUGAGACUGAGAAAUGCACUAGACAAUAGAGGAAAUAUCCCAAUCUCCAGCCUUCUUUUUUACUUCACUUUGACUUGCAAUUCAUGAAUAUCAAAUGAACUUACGCUUAAUGGUACUGGUUCCUCCUUUCAUUCAUUUUCCUAGCUCUGAUUCUUCUCUUUACUUCAUUAUCACUUAAAAGAAUAUAUUUAUUCACAUCCUUUGAUCAUAGGAAUUUUAACUACGAGUAAGAGUAAUGUAUUUUGUCUUCUGCUCUUUCAUCUUCAAUCUCCUCAGUUGUUUCAUCUUCACAUUCCUUAGCAUUUACAGCUUUAUAUGUUAUUUGGAGGUCUUAAGGAGUGUAGCAAAGAUGAUUAUUAAACAAGGUGCCUUAGGUACUCUUUAUUGACCUUGUUUCAUUCUUUCACUUUCAUACAUUCUGUCUCCGCUGCUUGUUUUUUUUGCUGAGUAUUUCAGCAAUUGCCUCUCAAGCCAAAGAUUUUCUUGUUUUCAUUCAUUUACUGUGUAUAGUAGAUCAUCUAUAAAAAGCCUUGAGAGGCUUUGGCAUGGUAAGUACUACAUGUAUUUGAAACUCACAUAAGUUUGUGGCCUUGGCUAAACUUACACUUCAGGUGGAUCUUUUCAACUUUUAAACAAAAUGUAAUUAUUUCUAGCAUUUUGCCUAUUACACAUGUCUAAAGGACAAAACAAUAAAAAAGUCCCUGAAACCCUUCUGCUCACUCAGUAAUGUUCAGAUGGUAAGUCAUACUUUUUUAUCCACUGAUGAAGUCAAACACCAAUAUCCAGACAACUAUGGACAAAGGCUUCUUAACACAGUGGUGCUUUUACAUCAAAUUUGCUGAGUGAUCAAUGAUCAAUCCUUCAUUAAAUUUUUACCUACAUUAGGUGAAUUUGUAGUUGCCUAUUUGCUUUCCAGAACUAUAGGUAGAUGAUGGACUCUGAAUUGAUCAUAUUCCCCUAACUAGAGAGCGAAUAUCCCUGAUGACCCAAUGACCCUGUAUGUUGUGCUAUUUUGUGUAUAGUGGGUGAUUAUUGGUAUGAUUAAAAAGAUCGCUGAUGAUUGUUGUAGCCUCUUUCACCUGACUGAAAUGCAACCUGGGACAUGCUUUUUCAAUAGCUAUGUAACUUUUAAUAUUAAUUAUGCCUCUGUCUUCUAAAACGUUCAGUUUUUGCUUUGGUUUUUAAAAGUCAGUGUUACCUUAUAUAAGUUUCAGGCUCUCUUUCUUAACAGUUGAAUCUGUGACCUCUGAACACUCACAAAUGGCAGGUGGAAAAGAUAGGGAACAAAGAGAAAAACCACAAAACAUGCCAUCUCCCCAUCUAUGAGUAAGACAGAAAGAGACACCACCUCAUCCCUUCUAGUGGCAUGGAACAGAGGGGUACCAGGCCAGGCACUUUUUCUUACUGUGCUGCUUGGACAGCCCAAAGUAGUUUUGAGGGCAGUUUGGCCUUUGGAGAACUCCCUAAGCACAGCAGUUAAAAGCCUGCACUUAGAAGUGUUGCUGUCCUUCUGCCAUUUUCUCUAACCCUUAAGACCAGGCAAAAUCCCCUAACAAACAGGUAGUAAUACCAGUUUUGCACCUUUUAUUCUUGACUGAUGGCUUUUAGGCUACAUAUAGCCUGAGGCACCCAUGGGUAUAUCUAAAGCAGCAAGUUAUCAAAGACAGAUUAAGAUAUGGUUCUUAAGCACAUCAGCUGCACUAAAAUAACACCACUUUCACAUGCUUUUGACUGUCUACGAAAAUGGGUUGCUUCUUUCUGUGGAAGUGGGUUGCUUUAUUUUGUAUUAGCUGCUGGCCUCAUUUUUCUGAGACCCAAUCACUUUCUUCUGGACCUUUUUAAAUGACUUUGACUUACUCAAUUGGCCUGCUUUUGCCCCCUCUUUCAUAGUAUCUCAAACUCUGUUUAAAGUCCUUGACUUGGUAUGAACUGCCUGUAAGUGACAAAAAUCUAAGCAGCAAAUAUCUCUCUGCCUGUUUCAGGAGAUUCCAUUCUGCUUGCUUAAAAUAUGCAACUUGUAAUACACCCCUCCCAUCCCCUGAGAACUUUACAGCUCAGUUCCUCCCUCCUACGUCGUGCUCCCUUCUGCCUUGAGGAUGGUGACAUAUCCUGCCCCAGUACUGAUGUCAUGUCUGGGCAGGGUCAGCAGCAGGGGAAUAAGAUGUUAGGCCACAUGGCCUAGCUGCACUUUUGCUGAGGGGAAAAAAGGCUGAUAAGGAGAGAAAAGUGUGUGGAGCCCAGGAGACAGAACAUUUUUUAUGAAACUGUCAUUAAAUGCUUUAUCUGUCUCAGCAGCUGGGAAGCAUCAGCUACCAUUCUCACAGCCUAAGACAAGAAGAAUCAGUUUACAUAUCAAAUGCAUGAUGAAAAGGGCAAUUGUAACAACCUGUAGAUAACUACUAGGAACCUGAACAGCAGCUUGGCAAAAACAAAUCUUAACAAGAACAAAAAAUGCAUUUUAAUGGACAGAGCAUGAAGCAGUGUUAAAUGCAAAAUGAUUCUGACUUCCACUAUUCAUUUAAAUUUUCAUCUUGCCUUUUCAUCUGGCAGCAGUGCUGGACUUCACAGGAAUUUCUUUAGGCUAGCUUAACAGACACUGCAGAAUGGCAAGGUUUUUAAGAUAUAUUAGAACUAAUUUUAAGAAUAAUGACUCAAAAUAGGAAUUGCCAACCUUUCAGGACACAAAUGAGCUAGCUUUCCUCAGUGCUCUUUAGAACACCUAAGAUUCUAAGAUGUGAGAAUGCUUAGCAUAUUGCAUGGAAAGGAGAGCAUGUUGCAGGAUCCCAGCAAGGUAUCCAGCUCUGCUGGACUGUGCAUGUAGCUGACUGCAUGACAGUUCUGUCAUCCAUUAUGAGCCUUGCAUCCCAUGCAAGGGAAUUACAUAGACAUUAAUAAGGACAUAAGGGCCAGAUUCUUAUAGACCAGAGGAGCAACACAAAGUUUUAAAGAUAUUAUGAAGUAAGCAGCUGCCUGCUGGAACUUUCAUUAUACAAAUGCAAAUACAGUGGGGCAAUCUACUGUACUUACUUUGCAGUAAACUUAAGAGUGUUUUUCUCAUAUUCCUGAACACGAUUUUUUGUAUGCUUACUGUUUCAAAAGACUGAUUUCUGACUGUCAAUUAGAAGGCUAUGUAAUAAUUUUUGCUUCAUUUUAAGACUGAAUAAAUGAGCACAAUUAUUUUCCCUCCCCGUUUCUAACAUGCCUUAAA